AUGGCUCUGCAACCACACGACUGGGCAAUUAACUUGGUUGAUCCAACAUAUGCAAAAUCGAUGAAGAUUGAAUCCUCAAAUACGCUACCGGUUCCACCCGGAUUCGAAGAGAUGGAUAGUAAUACAACCCGUGUAAAUAAGGCAAGUAAAGUUCUGAAUUCGAGAAACAUUGAUAAAUUACAGGCCCAGAAGGCAUGGCAGAUUGCGACACAACCUCUUAAAUCCAUACCAAUGAACUUUUUCAUGUCCUACAUGUCAGGUUCUUCCCUGCAGAUUAUUCCAAUAAUGACUGCUUUGAUGCUACUUUCAGGCCCAAUCAAGUCUAUGUUCUCAAUCAGAGAGGCAUUUAGACCAGUACUUGAUAAUAGAGAGACUAUAGGUACCGUGAGAUCUGCUAUGGUUGUGUAUAUUAUGGCACAGGGGAUUCUGAUGUAUAUUGGUAUAAGAAAACUCAAUGAAAUGGGGUUGAUUCCCAACAGCAGAAGUGAUUGGUUAGCUUGGGAAAGGCAUGCUAAUUAUAAUGAGAAUUUAAGAUCUUUUACAUUCUGA